AUGGGGAUUUCUGGGCUUCUCACAGCACUUAAAUCGAUUCAAGUCACCCGACAUCUUUCGGAAUUCUCAGGUCAAACACUUGCUAUUGACGCUUAUGUCUGGCUACACAAGGGUGUCUUUACCUGUCCCACAGAGCUGGCCACAGGUAAAAAUACACACAAAUACGUUGACUAUGCCAUGCACCGCGUGAGGCUCUUGCAAUAUCACAAUAUUCAACCCUACAUUGUCUUUGACGGCGGUCCACUUCCAGCCAAGAAGAACACUGAAUCAAGUCGAAAGCGGAGACGUGAGGAGCACCUUUCUCGUGGGAACACCCUCGCAUUACAGGGGAAGCACCGUGAGGCUCGAGAGUGCUAUGUCAAGUCUAUGGACGUUACACCGCAGAUGGCCUCAUUUUUCCGAACACAGGCUCUACGCGCGGAGAAUAUUCCCUAUGUGGUCGCUCCAUAUGAGGCAGAUGCUCAGCUAGCUUAUUUGGAAAGGAUGGGAAUCGUGAAUGGCGUUAUAACGGAAGACUCGGACCUGCUCGUUUUCGGUUGUCAAAAUGUUUUGUUGAAACUCGACGUCGUUGCCAGCACCGUCAUUUCCAUCUCGCGCAAAGAUUUCGGUACUGUCACUGCUCGUAGAUCUGACCCCAAUAGCAUCUCGCUCGUCGGUUGGUCUGAUGUGCAAUUUCGGGCCAUGGCUAUUUUGAGUGGAUGCGACUAUCUGGGAAGCAUACCAGGGGUCGGCUUGAAGACUGCUUGUUUCCUUCUGAGGAAGUGGAAGUCUGUAGAACAGGUUGUGCGAGUAAUUCUUCUGGAGGGGAAGAAGUCGGUUCCGCCUGGUUACCUUGAGCGAUUCAGACUGGCGGAAAAAUGCUUCCUGCAUCAGAGGGUGUAUUGUCCCUUGGAGGAGAAGCUUGUUUACUUGAGGCCCAUCGACGGGGAUUGGGAUGAGGACGCGGAAGCUUAUGUUGGAAGGUGGGUACAUUCAUACUUGUUGAGCUCAGUUGCUAAGGAGAUUUCAGCGACAUCGAUAUAG